AUGUAUGCCCAAGAUUCGCCUCCCACUUUUGGUUGGAAUUAUCUCAUUCGUGGAGGAUUUCAUAUCCAAAUCGACUUGGCAUUGGAUCGUCUGGAUAUUAAGAAUCAAGGAAACCGAGUCGCCCCUUCCAUAUUUAUUUUCUCCAAUCAGUCCAUGGAUGAUCACGAUGAUUUUCUGGUACAAGAUAUGAAAAGCACUACUCCCUUGGGCUCGUUGGAGGCAAGCAGCUCCGUAGUGGAGCCACAAGUCGCCCAGACGAAGGAGACACUACGAUACGCUAGCCCAGGUCCGCGCACCAACAUAACACAUAAAGGUCCAGCGAAAAAGUAUGCGCAUAGUUUGGCGUAUGCGUUUUACGGGGAUCGAUUCAAUCAAGAGCAUACCGGUCGCGAUACAGGUCACGUUGGCGCCCGGAAACAACUGAUCAAUGUGGGCAGUCCCGGGGAUGGAUUCUAUACAUCCACCAACUAUAUCAUGUGGUAG